GUGUGGGCAAGCAUAGACAAAUUUGUCGAAAUUAGUUGAAGUUGCAUCAACGAGGAGUCGUGUUGCGGGGCAUCCAUUGUAUUUUACAAUAAAAAUUAUACGAUGCAAAGGGAGGAGAAGCAAUUGGAUUCAGCUUUAGAGGCCAUAAUAAUGCGAGUGAACGAUCUAAAAACUGCAAUUGCUGCAAUGAUAUUCAAGGUGGAACACGAGUACGAAACUUUAAACUGGCCGAAUUUCCUUGACAAUUUCGCCCUCAUUUCAGGUCAUUUGACUAGCCUCUCGAAGAUUCUCGGACAUGAUAAAGCGCCAAAUCUCAGAAAUCUUACGGUUCUACCGCUACGUCUGAGUCCGGAAAAAGACGAGGAGCUGCUUCGAUUGACCGAAAAUCGAAUUCCUACAUUUGCACACGAUCUAGUUCCGGAUUACUUGAGGACGAAAUUAGAGCCCCAGGCUGAACAGAAAAUGAUGCAGUUGGAAGCCAAAGCCGCGAAUGUUAACAUCGAUACAUCGCACGACUACAAUAAACAACUGGCACAGUAUACAAAAGUAAUCAGUCAUGUGUGGGACAUAAUGAAUAAAAUACGUGACGAAUGGGAGAGCGAUGUUAGUACCAAAGCAACACAAACACAGACCAGUAGCGCUGCAGACACUCAUGCUCUUCUGGCUGCUGUAGGGAUGGGUAAAGGUCUGAAAUCUGAUUCGAUACAAAUGGUUCAGUCGGGUGUAAAUCCUGUAACUAAUAGCAUGAUGGUAGGCAGACCUGGCAAUCAACAGCAAACGACGGGACAAGGACUAGGUAAUCCACCAAUGGGACAAAUGAACAAAGCACCAAGUGCGAUAAAGACAAAUAUCAAAGCAGCAUCGCAAAUUCAUCCGUAUAGAUAAAAAUAUGACACAGUACUUCCAUUAUUUAAACUAUGUUAUAUAAUAAUUGAUAGCUCAUACACUGGUACAUUUCUAAUUAUGUUUCUAAUUUUAGUAUAAAAUAAUUUCAUAUAUGUGUACAUAUAGAGUGAGGAAAAAAUCCUAGAUCUUUGAAAUCUCUCAAUAACAAAGUAUUUUUGAAAAAAA